AUGGCCAUGCUUUGCAAAGCUGUGGCAGACGGACUGCUGCUCACUUUGAGCCUCGCUCUGCUGGGGUGGGGAGCCAAGGGGCAGGGGAGUGGACGUGGUAUGAGAGAAGUGUCGGGCAGGUCCACUGUCUACCUCAGCCAGGACAGGGACAUCUGGAGCCCACUGAUCCAUACAACAGUCAAUCUCAGUCAGGUCAACAGCGUCAAAUCAACCUUCCAGCUACGGACGUUUGACCCAGAAGGUGUCAUUUUCUACGGAGACACCAAAGACGGAGAGGACUGGUUUGUUCUGUCGCUGAAAGACGGCCUCCCUCUGAUGCAGAUGAGCAAAGAUGACAUGCUCGUCAGCGUGGCAGGAGGCCCCAAACUCAACGACGGGAAGUGGCACACGCUGGAGGUGAGCAACAAGGGGCAGUUUGUGAUCCUGGAGGUGGACAGCUCCAUUGGGCUGGUGGUGGGCAUGCAGUCCAAGAUGAUGCAGGAGGGCAUUUCAGGCAAACUCCGAAUGGCCCUCGGCGGGAUCCUGAUGGACAAGGACAAGAUGAUUGUGGAGUUCAAGCCGCACAUGGACGGCUGUUUGCGGGAAGGCAGCUGGCUAAACCUCAACGUCCCCUGGGAGACGGAGGCCGAUGAGCUCUGGCCCUGCCAUGAAAACAUCCAGCCUGGCAGCUACUUCCCCGGCUCUGGAGUCGCCAUCUUCGACACCUCAGUUUUCCCCUACGACGAAGAUGAUGGGGUCAUAAUUGAAUUGGCGGGUGAUUUCAGUCACAUGGAUGGGACCAUUUUCAGCAUCAAGGCUCCUGGGCGAGAGCUGACGGUCUCUUUAGUGGCCAAUAACAACACAGAGGAGGUCACGCUCAUUUUGGGCGAAAGGAAGAUCAGCAUGAGAAAAACCUUAAAGAGACUGAGGCUAACGUUUCAACCAGAGAUACUGCAAGUGUAUCAAGAGGAACCAAAGCUCAGUGAUUUAAGUGUCACUUCAUUGAAAAACCCUGCUGUUCUGAGCACAUGGAGAGAGGGACGUCUGGCUGUUGGAAGUCUCCUGGGCGACGGUGAAGACAACGUUGGCUCCCACUUCUUGACGGGCUGUCUGAAGAACAUCCAGGUCCAAGGGAAGGACCUGGAUCUGGAUUUAGCCAUCAAACUCAAGUCAGUGUCCUCUCACAGUUGCCCUGCGUAGAAAGUAUGCACGUGCAAUAUGUGGAACAGAUGUUUGUGCAAAAUGACAUUGACACUACUGCAUAUGUAAAGGGCAAAGUUGUAUACACACUGAAAUGCUGUUUGGGUGAAUAACAAUGACAUGAAGACCGCUAAACUUUCUAAUCAGGCAGCUUAUACUCAUUCUUUAGUGGAAUGUGUGAUUUGUAUGUUAUCACCUCCAGAGUGGUGAGAAUUUAUUCUGAAACAUAAAUAGAAGUAUCUUCCUCUAGUCCUAUUUUAACCAAAAAUUAGUUAUUCUCUGACCUUGCAACAGCGUGUUUCUGAAUAAAAUAUAAAUCGCUUUAACAGACAUGAAUAUUAAAUUUAUUUCUGCAAUUUAGGGAAAAUAAACGCUAAUGCUGCUUUUGAGGGGAUUCAGACACUGUGAAUAAAUAUUAAUAGGAAAUCAUGGCCAGGAUGGAAGAGAGGAGAUCAGAGACAUGGAUUUUGCCCCCUCUAGUGGACUUUUACAGGCAGUGUUAGAUUUACCCUCCAUUCUGCAUAUGAUACAAUCUGAUACAAAAAUUACCUGUUGGUUAAAUCAAAUCAAAAUCCUGCUCAAGAGAUAAGAAACCAGUUAUAGUUUCAUGGACAGUAUCCCCCCCCCCCAGCACUCUGAUUGUUAAAUGGCUGUGUUCAAUAAAAGCAUUCAAGAUUAAAA